UCUGAACAGAUCUUAACAAGACAAUUAAAUACUUUUGUGAUGAAAUGAAGUUACUGCGUUUCAUUUUAUUAAUUCUUUCGACGGUUUUUGUGCUCAAUUGUGAAGCAGGUCGAGGUUUUUCGAGUCGUGGCGGCGGAAGUCGAGGAGGAGGAGGCUGGGGUUCAAGACCUUCAUCUUCUGGGUCUUCUUGGUUCGGCAGCAAAUCAAAAUCGCCAAGUUCGCCUUCGUACAGUAGACCAUCGACAAAUAGUCGUCCCGCUCCAGCGCCAAGUUACGGAUGGAAUGUUCAAAGUCGCCCGAGUAAUCCAUCGCCAUCAGCUUCGUCGCCGGGAUCUUUGAGUUAUCCGCGACAACCUGCUUAUAAUCCUUCAUACAAUGCAAAACCUGCGAUCAGUAAUCCAUCUCCAGGUUCUUUGAGUUAUCCGAAGCAACCGGCAUACAAUCCUUCGUUUAAUUCUAAACCUUCGACAGGAACAAAACCUGUUGGACCUCCAAGUACAAGCGGAUCAUAUCCAAAACAACCUUCAACUAGCGGAGGAUCUUAUCCGAAACAACCUUCAGCUCCUGUUGGUCCUCCUCCAUCAUAUCCGGGAUACGGAACAGGAGGAGCGAAUCCUCCUGCCUAUAGUCGUUACACGCCAAAGUCUCAAGCUCCAGCUUACAAUGCUCCAUCAUAUGCUACUCGCCCAAAUCCUCCUGCUUAUUCUCCUUCAGCUCCAAGCUCUCAGGGAGUUAAGCCUUAUUCAAAUGUGAAUACCGGAAGUUAUCCGAAACAAACUUAUACUUCAGUUCCUGCGAGUCACGCUUCCUAUCCUCAGCAGCAAUACGGAUCUCAUAGCUAUGGUUAUGGAGGAGCGCCCGGAGGAUAUGGUUACGGAACUCAAAGCCAUGGUUACGGAUAUGGCGGAGGACAUGCUGCUCCUGUAGGACCUCCUGUGUACAAUCAUUAUGGAGGAAGUGCAGGAUAUGGAUAUCCAGCUGGACCAACGAUCAUUAACAAUCACUAUGGCGGCGGGGGAUUCGGAGGGGGAUACGGCGGAGGAUAUGGCUAUGGAGGAGGAGGAUUCGGCUCUGGAGGUUCAGGAUCUUCGAUUGGAAGUCAUUUACUCACUGCUGGAUUGUUUUAUGGCUUAGGAAGAGUCACAAGUCCUUCCUAUGGUUAUGGUUAUGGAGGUUUGGGAUCCGUACAUCGCUCGUCUUCGUCUACGACAAAUGUUCACAAUACUUAUAACAAUUAUUACGAUCAUGGAUCGACUACUACAAGUACAGUUACGCCUCCAGUUCAAGCAGUUAAUACCGAUACAAAUACUCAACCUCAAGCUACUAAUGUACAACAACCUCAAGGUCCAUCGCCGACAGAUAUUUAUCUAACACAACCGAAAGAUCCAUACGGUGUAAUUAUUCCAUCAAAUUCAACAAAUACCAAUCAACCUUCUGUACAAGAACCGCCAGUCAUCAUUCCUCGCACUGUCGACCUUACGAAACAAAAACUCUACGAACCCGUUGAAGUUCCCUUCGACGAAGUAUCGAAACACAAAAUAAACGAACAACCGUUGUGGCUUAACGAGAGCAUAGAUCAUCUCGUUUUCUAUGGUUUGAAUUUUCCAACAUGGAAUGAAACAACAGUCAUUAAAAGUGCUCCGUUAGUUGCUGUUAAUGCGCCUGUUAAUGAAGCAAAUCCUUCUCAAACAACGACGACGACGACUCCAAAGCCUGAACCAGAACCAACAGGAUUGGGCGCGAAAAUAGGAAAAAUAUUUUAUAAUGUUGUCAGUUGGUUCUCGAGCGGAUAUAAGAAUGACAAUGCAAAUGCCAAAACUCCUCAGAUUUAUUUAGAAGAUGAGACUCAAGGAAGGCCCGAAGCGGAAAUGUUGAGAAAAACGUUGGAAGAGAAACAAAAUGAAGCGGGAAAAGUUUUAACUUGAUUUAAAAUUAAUUUUUUUUUGUUAAAAAAAAUCAAUUUAUUUUGUAAACAAAAAUAAAUAUGAAAUUUGCUCGAAAAAUAAAAUAAUAGGUACAUAAAAAUAAAACUAAAAUAAAUAUUUUUGUUUUAAUAUUUUGUUAUUUUUGAAUAAAUUUGUAUUUUUCAAGAGAUUCA